CAACACUUGAGCUUGAUUGGCUGAAUCGACUCACGUCUUGGACUCGGAUUGCCUUGUCCGUCCGUCCGCACAACGACGAACAGUGCCUUGUCCUUCGCCUCAUCGACAACAUCGCCACCAUUCAACGCUCGGCAUGUCGUCCAUCAGGAAGAAGCGCAACUUCAAGGGCCUACAGCUCAACGACUCACCGCUCUCUGUUCCAGCGCCUCAACCUUCAGCUAGUGGCACCGCGCUGGGCAAGUCGUCGACGAGCAGUUCCUCCUCUUCCCUCGCAGGCAGCUCCUCCAACGCUACGACGAGCGCAGCGACGAGCAACAAUACCCUCACCCUCGGCUCGUCGACGACCGCUGGCACUCGUGGUGGUGCUGUCACUGGAAGCGGGGAUGUGGUCGAGCCCUCAUCAGGGGCCAACUACCACAACACCUUGACAGAACAGCUCAAGAACCUCGAGCUCGGAGUCGAGUAUAAGCUUGAUCUCAAGAAUGAAGACCUCAAAGUGUUGAGCGAGCUGGGCAGUGGCAAUGGAGGAACAGUCACGCGGGUCUUGCAUGAAAAGAGCAAUACAGUAAUGGCGAGAAAGACCGUCUUCAUCGACGCCAAGCCUGCAGUUCGCAAGCAGAUUCUCAGAGAGCUUCAGAUCUUGCACGAGUGCAAUAGCCCUUACAUCGUCUCCUUCUAUGGAGCUUACCUAUCUGAGCCGCACAUCUGCAUGUGCAUGGAGUUUAUGGACAAGUCAUCUCUCGAUACAAUCUGGAAGAAGUGGGGUCCGAUACCAGCCGACAUCUGCGGCCUGGUAGCCGUGACCGUAGUGCAAGGUCUGACCUACCUCUACGAUGUGCAUCGCAUUAUCCAUCGCGACGUCAAGCCGAGUAACAUCCUCGUCAAUGCAAAGGGAGAGAUCAAGAUCUGCGACUUUGGAGUCAGUGGGGAGCUCAUCAACUCCAUUGCUGAUACAUUUGUGGGAACGAGCACGUAUAUGAGUCCCGAACGUAUCCAAGGCGACCAGUACAGUGUCAAGUCGGACGUGUGGUCCCUCGGCAUCACCAUAAUUGAGAUUGCGCUAGGUCGGUUCCCUUUCGCAGAGGAUGAUGAAGAGAACGACGAUGGGGAUAGCGAGGAUUCCGAUGACGACUCUGAUGACGACGACACGGAAGGCGACGAAGAUUCCGACGAUCAUCUACGUACAACUCUCUCCCCAACAAAGCCAAAUGGAGCUAGGGACAACGCCAACAUGCAACGGACAGCCACUCUAGCAGCUACCGCGUCUUCGUCCAAGGAGAAGAAGACACACCGUCGCCGUCGUAGCAAGAAGAAGCCCGGCGUGAGCUUGGCAGGAGGAGCGGGCCAGAUGAGCAUGCUGGAGCUUUUGCAGCGUAUCGUCAAUGAGCCGCCGCCGAGGCUGCCGAUCGCUCCAAGCGUCGAAGAGGAGGAGGGUGGCAGUAGCGAGGACGUGACCAUCGACAGCAGUGCCGCUCGUACGCAGCAAAGACGACAACGUCAGCAUCGUCGCACCCGCCGGCCGCGGGGCUUCCCGCCCGACUUGGUGCGCUUCGUCGACCUCUGUGUCACCAAGGAUCCGUCGGCACGGCCUACGCCAAAGGAGCUGGCCUCGGGAGUCGGGGCUGUGGGCGAGUAUGUGAGGAGAUGUGAGGAGAGGCGGGAGAGAGGCGAGACAGAUGUGAAGGGUUGGGUGGAUGGGUUACACUAGGACGAUGCGGACAGUAGGCGUAGCAAGUCGGCUGGAGUGUGCCUACCGGCUAAUGUAUAUCACGAGGAACGCGGCUGGUGGUGAUAAUGUGAAGAGCUCUACGUGUGCGAGCAGGGGCUGGGCUGAGCAGGAAUCCAUAUGUAUUUGAGUGAAGGCAGCAUGGAACGAGCACAAGAACGGCAGCGAAAAAUGAAGAGAGCCCGGUGGGCAGGGCGGAGGGCGAUGAAGAAUGGGGUAGCGCGUCCCAUCAGGCGUCGAUGAGGUUGCCCUCCUUUGCGCCAUCCUUGUCCUUGGACCCCUCACUCUUCCCCUCUCCCUCGCCGCUCGUAUCCCUGGUCCCCUUGUCCCUCCUGCCAUCC